AUGGCUAAGCAACCGCAAGUUCUAUGGGCUCAGCGCGAGAACGUUCUAUUCUUGACAUUCGAAGUCGAUGAAGCCAAAGUUGAAUCAUUGAAAGCUGAAGGCUCGAAACUUCACUUUGCCGGUACUAGCAAGACCGACAAAUAUGAAACGACUUUGGAAUUCUACGAUGAGAUUGACAAUGAGUCGGUCCAACGUACUGGUGCAAGCACUCGCGUCGUCGAAGUGAGCAUUAAAAAGAAGUCUGCAGCAUGGUGGCCACGUCUAUUGAAGCAGGCUGGAAAGGUUCACUGGCUCAAGGUCGAUUUCUCCAAGUGGAAAGAUGAGGAUGAUGAUGAGGUUCCAGAUGAUCUUGGUGCGGCUGGUCUCGGAAACGGUUUUGACUUGAACCAGUACAUGUCAAGUCUUGGAGGAGCUGGAGGAGCUCCAGACUUUGGAGGCCUCGAAGACGAGGACGAAGAAGACAUGCCGGAUCUCGAAGACAACGAUGAGGGCGAGGAGAAACAACAAGUCAAGGCUUAA